AUGCCGUCCAAUUUGCGCCGGCUAGCUGCCGACCAUGCUGCCUUGCACCGCGAUCUUCCGCCGUACUACUUGCAGCCGUCAGAGGGCGACGACUUGUCGCAGCUGACAGUACUCCUCACGGGCCCAGCGGGCACACCUUUUUCACAAGGAUUAUGGGAGCUCCAUCUCAAGAUGCCUGAUGACUACCCCAAGAGUCCCCCAAAGGCCACCUUUAAGACGAAGAUAUGGCACCCGAACAUGGAGGAGCUCACUGGAGCUGUCUGUGUAGAUACACUUAAGCGGGAUUGGCAACCCAAUCUGACCCUCCGCGAUGUGCUGGUGACGAUCUCAUGUCUACUUAUCUAUCCCAACCCCGACUCUGCCCUCAACGCCUCCGCAGGCGCUCUCAUGCAAGAGAACUAUGACGCCUUUGCACACCAAGCCAAGCUCAUGACCUCAAUCCACGCCCCGAUCCCAACCAACCUCAAAGAUGCAGUGACAGAAGCAAAGGUCAGGGGCGAGGAGACAGGGACCAAACCCGAGGAGAAAGGAAAAGACGCAGUCAUUAAACGUACCCGGAAACAAGCCCGCACCCACGCCGCUACAACCAAGAAAACUGCACACAACACCACUGCAUCCGAAAACCCAUCACAAUCCUCAAAUUCGUUCGCCCAACCCUCCCCGCCCGUGACAGACACUGCUAUGAGUGAUAGCGAAACCGACGACCCCGCUAGCGCAACCAAAGAAAACGACCCAACCCUUUCCCCCUCCCCGGUCCACCUCGCACCCCCCAAGCCCCCGUAA